UUAUUCAUUCGCGUCAUCUCCGGAUCGGCGUCAUCGCUCUUGCGUCAUCGCUCCUGCGUCAUCUUCCGGCCAACGGUUGCUGCGGAUUCCUGGGCUGCCUCCUUUUCCACCUCUUCCCUUCAAGGGCAGCUGCCGGUGCCGGGUUUCCCGCCGGUGCCUCUUCCUCCAGCCAUCGCUUCCCGUGGGGGAGGCCGGCUGGCGAGGCCUAGGAAGGGGCUCUGGGGGGCGGCUGGGCCAGCUCCCACCUUGCUGGGUGCUCCUGGGCAAGAGCUGCCGUCAUCAUGAUGGGCAGUGUUGAAGGCAUGAGAGCGGGUGUUUUAGUCCAGUCUGACUUCCCAGGGCUGAGCUGAAGGCUGACAGCAGAAAUCGGGCAUCUGCAGAAUCCUGGGAUGACAUCUUUCCCCCUCACUGCCAUCUGCAAGAGUCGUCCAGAAUCAUAGAAUGGUUCAGGUUGGAAGAAAUCUUAAAGAUCAUCAAGUUCCAACCUCCCUGCCGUGCAUGUCUCACAAGAGCAGGUUGCUCAAAGCCCCAUCCAGCCCAGCCUUGAACACUUUCGGAGAUGGGGCAUCCACAACUUUUCUGGGCAGCCUGUUCCAGUGUCUCCCCACCCAUACGGCCAAUGCCCCGUGCCUGCCUCCACCUACCAUCUGCCUGUUGCCCUGUUUAAUUGAAAAUCUGCUUCUCAUUUCAUAGUGAGAGAUUGUGUCUUUUUAGAUGCUGCUUGACCCACGUUACCCGCUUCCUGCAUACUGCUGAAAAUAGUACGUUGAAAUUACUUUCAGUAGCAAAAGAUUUUGCAGCCUUUCAAAUGCAGCUCUGGACUUAGUAUUUUUUACUUUGUCGAAUAAAAGUAUCAUCCCAAAUAUGUUCCUUCCAUGAUGGAUAUGAAAAAAUGCAUCCUUCCUUUUGACUGGUCAGAAGGAUUUGUCUCCAUCUUUACUAUCCACUGAUACUUUAUAUGGCUCCACUUUGCAGUAUCAAUCAUGGUCAUCUGCAACCCUGUCACUAAUUGUUUCCGUAUAUAAUCGUCCUGGUUUGAGGUGAAAGAACCAACUUUCUCUUCAGUAAUUUUACUUCUUAUCUAAGCCUCUUUUAACUCUCUGAAAUUAACAGCAUAUUGCUGUUUGUUCUCAGAGUCAUAAGACAAUGUUUACAGUUGUUUAUAGUCAAUGUCAAGGAAUGGUGUGUAGAGAGACUUUUUUUAUACUUAUUGCUGUAACCACCGAGGUCAGCUAAUUUUGUUAUUUACCACAUUGGAGGGUUGGAAAUGGAAAACUGCUGAGGGGUCCCACUUGCAGGGAGGAACGGACAGGACAGGUGACCCAAAACUGACCACCAGGGGUAUUCCAUCCCAUCUGCAUCAUGCUCAGUAUAAAAGUUGAGGGAUCAAAGGAUCAGCCCUCUUUCUGCAAUGGCCGACGUCCAAGGAGGACUCUGUUCAUCUGCCUUUGAUCCCAAUCUUUAUGUUCCUGAGUCCAGUUCCCAUCCGUCACUGAGUCCAGUUUGGGACUUCCCUGGUGCCUGCCGGUGACAUCAGCCUGGGAGCUUGAUACAGUUUUGUAUAUAUUGUAUUAUUUCAUUAUUUCCUUUUUAUUUUCUUUUUAAUAUUUCAUUAGUUUAGUUCAUUAUAAACUCAUGAAUCUCUUUAUCCUUCCUCCUCUUUUCCUUGGAGAGAGAGGUAAGGGGAGGCCAAUUCAGCCUAAACCAUGAUGGAAGGACUCCUGUUUAAUUUUCAUUUUAGAAGUACAAGAAUCAUUCAGUAUGUGAAUUUACUGGAACAUUUUGUAAUAUUUACUGUGUGAAAAGGAAGUAAGAAUCAAUGUUAAGAGUCAUCUUGCAAUUUCUUGGGGGAAGUCUGGAGCUGACUGGUGUGACGGGAAGUAGACAAAGUUGCUGGGGAGUUUUAUUUAAUGUCUCGGAGUAAUAUGAGAAUAAUCUUUAUGCAAAUAGUAUGAAUCAUCCACUUUAAAAUGGCUUUUUCAUUUGCGUCUAGGGCUGUUAGAUCCUUGUCCCUGCCUCACUAUAUCUAGUUGCUUGAGUCAAUUAGUGAGGAAAGCCCUGAGCCCUGGCUUCUUGGACUCCACAUCUGGAUAUCACAGAGUCCCACAGUGAACAUCUCACUCAUCAAUUAAAUUUGCUAUAUUUUAAUAAAACCAUUACAGAGUGAAUGAAGUAAAUGCAUCAUAGAUACAUUCAUUUCUACUGGUGAUAGAAAUAUUUACUAACUUGAGCAUUAACCCUGGACUGAAGGCUAUGUUUUUGGUAACUACUGUAUCGUAAAAUUUCAAAUAGUUAUGAACCGGAACUUGCUUUACAUCAAGAAAGAGUUUCAUAUGUUUCUGGCAACAGAAAGAUAUUGCGCAAACAAGAUAUUAAGUAAUUGUACAAGGAGGAACCUUACAGAGGAGGAACCUACAGAUAACAUGGAGUCAGUUUUCGACAAGUACUAUGACACUUUGCUGCUGAGUCUUUUUAAUUUAAGAGCACCAUGAUCAUUCCAUCUCAGAAAGAAUAUAAUGGAAAUAGAAAAGAUCCCGAGGAAUGGAAUAUCUUACAGAAGGCACUGCUGGAGAUGAGAUACUGAGCUAGAUGGAUCUUUAAUUUGACCUGCUACCUGUUAUGACAAAGUCUGGAUAUUAGAUUCCCUGUUCCACAGUUCAAGCAUUGAAACUUUCAGUCUGAACAAUGGAAUUUAUAGAAAGCAACAGAGGACAUCUCAUUCAAAGAAUGGGAAUGAUCACUGUCAAGAAAAUAGCAGAUGACCUUUUGGCCUGCCGUGUCAUGUCUUAUGAGGAAGUGAAUACCAUCACCUGUGAGAGGGUUGAACAAGAAGCCUCAAGAAUGAUGAUUUACAUGAUUUUGAAUAAAGGUUCAGAAGCCUGCAAUAUUUUGGUUAAGUCACUUGAGAAACACAACCCUUUUCUCUUUCAUGACCUGCAAGGAGAUUAUACUCCUGGGCAAGUGGAACAAGAUAAAUUAAAUGACUUAAUUCAGGAUUUAAAGUAUGUGUAUCUAUCUUCGGCUUUUCAAAAAUACCAUCCUCUGGGUAGUGAUAUUGACAUAAUUUUUGAUUUGGGAACUGCCUAUACUGACAUCUUGCUGUGGAAAAAGGAUAUACAAAAUAGCAGGAAAGGGCAGCUGACGCUAAAUGUCCUUCUGGAGGAACUGAAAAAUCCCUGCAUUAUAGAAGGAGAAGCUGGCAAAGGAAAAACAACUCUCCUAAAAAGAAUUGCAGUACUCUGGGCUUCUGAAAAUUGCUCCGCUUUGAAAAAAUUCCAAUUUGUUUUCUUUAUCAGCCUGGCUAGCACACGAGGUGGAAUAUAUGAGACUGUCUGUGAUCAGCUUCUUUUUGAACAAUACCCCAUCCGUAAACAAGAUUUCAUGAAAAUGCUACUAGCACAAAGACAAAGGGUUCUUUUCCUGUUAGAUGGAUACGAUGAAUUCAACCCCCCAAACUGUCCAGAGAUAGAAGCAAUGAUUAAAGAAAACCACAAAUUCAAGAACAUGGUCAUUAUUGCUACCAGGACUGAGUCUAUCCAUAAAAUCAGACAGUUUGGGUCAUUGGUUGCUGAAAUAGGAGACCUAUCAGAGGAGAGUUGCAAGAAGCUCAUUAAAAAUGUCUUGACAAAUAAGCUGGCUGAUGGUUUGUUAAACCAGCUUAAAGAGGCAACUUCUAUGAAGAAUCUUAUGAAGACUCCACUCUUUGUCAUCAUUGCUUGUGCCAUCCAGAUGGGGGAAAGUAAUUUUCAUCCAAGCACCCAGACUCUACUUUUCUCUACUUUGUAUGAUUUGAUGGUGGAGAAAAACAGGUACAAAACAAAAGAAAUAACAGAAAAUCAUAUUAUGCUGAGCAUAAAUCAUUGUGGAGACUUGGCUUUAGAUGGAAUAUUUGACCAAAGAUUUGAUUUUCAGUCUGAGGAUUUAGCUGAUAUAAAAGAAGAAGUCCUACUAGCUUCAGGUCUUCUAAAUAAAUACACAGCUCAAAGACUAAAGCCAACAUAUAGAUUCUUUCAUAAAUCAUUUCAGGAAUACACUGCAGGCAGAAAACUUUGCAAACUACUGACGUCCUGCCAAGAAGCAGACGUGAAGAAAGGGUAUAGUUAUCUACAGAAAAUUAAUACUAUUUCAGAUAUUACUAACACUUAUUUCAAUUUGCUCCUCUACACUUGUGGAUCCUCUCUAGAUGCCACUAGAAUAAUUUUGGACUUAUUGAAAAGAAUUGAUCAGCACAGAGAUAUUUCUGAAAAGAAUCUGGCUUUGGAAAGAGAAUACACAAAAAAAUCAGAAAAUAUAACAGAAACAGAAGAUUUAAAAAGAACUGAUAAGGAUAUUUUUGCGGAGUGUGUAAUUAAUUUCUUUUAUGAAAGUUCUUCAAAAUCAGCCUUGAGCAGAGAUUUUGAAGAUUUUUUUUGUGAUAAAAGUAUUUUCAUUAAUACUCAAAAUAUCCCAAUUUAUUUCUCUGACUUUUUUAGAUACUUACCAAAUUGUCUUAGUGUACUAGGACUCAUUAAAUUAGAUUUUUUUGGAAAUUACUCACCAAGUAAGGAAAUAGAUGAUGAGAAUGUGGAAGACCUUCAAAUUAGUUCACUGAAAACUUACAUUCCUGAAAAGGCUGUCUCUUUAUUCUUCAACUGGAACCAGAGUCUCAGAUCUUUAGAAAUUACACUGCAAGAUUUCAACAAGUUAAAGAAACGUGAUAUUAAAUAUCUGGGCAAAAUAUGUUGCUCUGCUGCAAGCCUCAAGCUGCACAUCAGCAAUAGUGCUGGUAUCACAGGAACACUGAAUGAAGUCCUUGAAACCUGUAAAAACUUACAAGAUCUUACUGUGGAGUCCACCCCUCUUACUGUGGAAGAUGAGCAACAGAUCACAACAAUGACAAAGCUGAAAACCUUACAUAUAAGAGAUCUGCAAAGUGAAAAUCUAGAAGGUGGACUUAUUGAUGGAAUAAAGAAACUGGUGAAUGCUGAAGGGCUUGUACUUGACAACAUAAGUAUGGAUGAAGACGAUGCAAAAAAAUUAGCUGAAGGUAUCAGAAAUUUGAGAAAGCUACGCUUAUUAUACAUGAGUCAUUUGACAGCUAUUAGGGAUGGCAUAACCUACAUUGUAAGAUCAGUCUCUGAUGACCUAAGGGAACUUGAAGAAAUCCGACUCGUCAACUGCUGUAUCUCCAGUGAUGCCGUGGAAAUUCUAGCUCAGAAUCUUUGUAAUUUGCCGAAACUGAAUGUACUUGAUUUGUCAGAAAAUUACUUAGAAAAGAGAGGAGAAGAUGCUAUCCACAGACUUGUUGAUGGCUUAAAUGUCCUACCUGGGAUGAAAGUGCUGAUGCUUCCCUGGGGAGAUGAUGUAAAGGUUUGCCUAACAAAAUUGUUAGAACUACUGGAAACAAUGCCACAGCUGACAAAACUUGGAUUGAGGAAGUGGAGCCUCACUGACGUGGAGAUCAGAAUUUUAGGCAAUUUUUUUGAAAAAGAACAUCUGCAGAACCUUCAGCACUUGGACUUGGCAAUGAAUUGUGUGACAAGUGAUGGCUGGCUUUCCUUCAUGCAGACUCUGAUCUCUGUCAAGAAGCUGGUAUCUGUAGAUUUCAGCAGUGAACAAGACUGGGUGCCUGCAUCACUGUUAGUCUGCAAAUUAAGUCAGGUACUAACCACACUGAAUUAUUUAAAGGAGAUUAAAGUGACUGGAUGGAAGUUUGAUUGCCAUGAUCUUGGACUUAUUAAUGAUGCGAAGAUAAACUGCAGAAAACAAUUUCAGCUGGUGCAUUCCUAAAGAGAACAAGCUUUCCCAGCAGAAGUGUCCCAGUGGACUAUUUCCAUGGAGCUUUCACUUUCAGUCUUUUAUAUUUUUAUAUUUUAUAUUUUAUAUUUAUAUUCUCUAUAACCAGAAAUUGAACCAGCAGCUCUAGGUUAUUUGGAUUUCGUGGUCUGCUAGUGAGAAUGGAGUGAGAAUAGUAUCGCAUCCUCUUCUGGGAGAAACAGGUCAAAAGAAAGUUAGGGAGAGGUCACCUUGUAUUAGCCCCAAAUCCUGCAACCUGUCAUGCCUCUCGGUGGUUUCAAGGAGUGUCCAUUUUAUCUGUGUGUGCUUUCUAUGAGCUCAUUUGUAUUAGCUUUGAAGUUUAACUGUGUAGAUUAAGGAAAGCUGUUAAUAAAAAGGUAACAAAGUCUGCAAAGGUAAUUGCAAAAUCUCAGAUCCACAAAGCAGCUGACAAAAAAGGGUUAAUAGCUAUUGCUGAAACUGAAGAAGAAAGUGUGGGUAGUCCAGGCAGAUGGCCUUCUAAGAACAAGAUCUUGGAGAUGAUGCUAAAAAAUCAGUCCUGGAGCUUGAAUGGACAUCGGUGAUCCUUUUUUUGAGGAUGAUUGCAAUUAAGGCACCUUAGGAAGAACCUUAGGAAGCAAACCAGGAGCUUGGACAAGAUGCUGAGAAAUUAGAAUGACGAAGAAAAUAGUUUCUUUGUACUCCAGGUGGCUGUGCAGUUUUGUUGCCCGUUGACAUCUUGGACAUAAUAGGACCAAGCUGGACACCUGAGCUAUAGAGCAGGAAGAUUUGGGUAAAGCCUAGAGAGAAAAUGAAAGCCAGAUGAGGCUUACGUCUCAUGCUAUGCCAAAACCCAAAGGACUAUGCGAGCACUGAGGCAAUUAAUGUUCUAAAGCUAUAAUUGGAAUAUAUAAAGCUUUUCAGUCGAGAAAAGGAAAGGAGAAGAAAACUGAAAAAUAAGUCCAUGGAGUCACAAAAAUGAACAAAUGAUGUUGCUCAGGUAGUUGGAGACAAAACUGCAAGUUUGAUUUGACAGUGCUAUCAAAUUGUACUGCUGUCUUCACCUGGUUUUAGGCUCUCAUGCUAUUUGGCCUUAUUCUUCUGGUCUGAAGACCUUUCUGUUUCCUAUGAAAAAACGAACAGAACCAUGCAUAAUUUAAUUGUUGAAAUUAAAGGACUAUUCUCUUUUUA